AUGCACAGCCAUGUGCUGCAUCUCUCCCGUGCCCCAUCACCGGCUCGAGACAGGUCACCAGCUGCCCAACGGCGCAACAGAGGAGCUGUCAACCCUUUCGAUAUACCCGGUGCGGAAGCGACAUUGGAGCUCGUUCAAGAGUACUUCGCAAACACUGGCCUCUUGUUUCCCUACAUUCAUCGUGAAAACUUCAUAGCGACGUUCAAAGUGGCAGCGGCGAAUGAGUUCCGAAAAGUACGACGAUCAUGGCUCGGGUUACUCAAUAUGAUCCUGGCCAUGUCGAUAAGCACUGCCUAUCCUAGUGACUUGUCCUAUGAGCAGCGAAAAAUAAAAUCCCAGGUAUACUUUCAACGCGCUAUGGCUCUCUGCGAAAAGCAGAUCCGGUUUGGAACGAGUCUGGAAAUAGUGCAAUUCCUACUUCUGAUGAGUCAGUAUCUUCAAGGCACUGAGAGUUCUAUUCAAACCUGGAAUAUACACGGCCUGGCGGUCAAGGCCGCAUAUCAGCUUGGUCUGCAUUCUAAGCAAGCACUGGGUCGUUACAGUGCUUUAGAUCGCGAGGUACGCAUCCGGACAUGGUAUGGAUGUAUUCUACUGGACCGCACUUUAAGUAUGACUCUUGGGCGACCUUCUUGCAUCCCCGAAGCGCACGUCAGGAUCGAUCUGCCAAUAAGGACAUCGGAAAUGACGCCCUCGGAUGACGACUCUCAGCUAUGGCUCAAUGAUUUGAGCCUCGAGUUCUUCAAGUCCACCAUAUCUCUAUCCACGAUUUUGGGUAAAGUACUCGACAUCUUGUACGACAAUAAUCUUGACUGUGAUACGCCGCAGAACAUAUUUUCACUCGCUGGUCAGAUCUUGCAAAUUGAACAUCAACUAUCAGAGUCGCAGAAUGAGUUCCCUGAAACCUUGCGGCUUCUGCACGUAACAGACUUGUUGCAUCACACAUUACCAGAGCCAGUCCCUAUGCUCAAGCUUCGUGUCAUAUUGACGCUGCGCUAUCACAAUCUACGGAUAUUGGCACAUAGACCCCUGUUACACAAAUACCUUGAGGCCAUCGGAGGCCCAGACGCGAACAAGUCACAAUUCAGUAUGCUGUGUCAGGUUGGCGGAAACAGCUUACGUGCCUGUGUUCAUUCAGCUACCACAAUCAUCAAGCUUGUUGCCUAUGCUGUAAACACCAAACAGGGCAAGGGGUUAUUGGGCGCUUGGUGGUUCUCCCUCUACUAUACGUUCAAUGCCGUGCUCGUGCUCUAUUCUGGUUACCUCAUUCAAAAGUUCACAUCGUCAAUUUCAGAGCUUGACCCAUUACAUGAUAUCGGCAUUGAGUUUGAGCGUGAUCUCAUACCUCAAGCUGUGGAAUGUCUUGUCUCGCUAGAUAGCGGCAACAUUAUGACAGAAAAGUGUGCACGAUACGCCAAGAAGCUAGAAAGAGUGAUGAGGACCCUGAAUCAGGUACCCGAGGAAGGGAACGUGCCAGUAGCAGCAGACAGAAACAUCCGGAGCGGUGUCGAUGAGUUUGAAGCAGCAUUGUGGCCAGAUAUUAUUGAUAUAGGUAAUACACCAUUGGGGUCGGAUUUAAAUGAGUUCAUGGUUCCUGGAGAUCUCGACUUUCUGAGUUCUUUUGAUCUCCAGACGAAUGCACCUGCAAACCCAAGUUAA